GCAUGAGGUCACAGUGUCGCGAUAUUUCAUAGUCUUCAUCGCCGUGGACCUCGCUGCGGGAAGGUGUGCUUCAUGGCGGUGGCGGUAUUUGUGACCCUGUCCUGACCUGUAAAAGCUCUGUGAAUUUUAGUUCUGGAAGAGAAGGCUGCAUCAGGACACCUCAGUGGAGACCAGGCACUAGAGCGUAUCUCUUGACUGUACUAUAUUUCCAAAGCCAAUGGCAGAACCAUUUGGGUUCAAACCUCCUUAAGGGGGGGCACUGCACCACUCUGGAGUUCAUUUGAGCAAAGGGAGGCGAGGCUCUGACGAUGGAGAAUGGACAGAGCACAGCCUCGAAGCUUGGCCUACCGCCCCUCACUCCAGAACAGCAGGAGGCGCUGCAGAAGGCAAAGAAGUAUGCCAUGGAGCAAAGUAUCAAGAGCGUGCUGGUCAAACAGACGCUCGCUCAUCAGCAGCAACAGCAACUUAAUAACCUCCAGCUCCCUAAUUCCCUACAGAUGGCCUCUCUGACCAUGGCAGGUUUUGGAGAUCCUCUUUCACCUUUACAGUCGGUUGCAGCACAGCGGCAGCGGGCACUGGCCAUAAUGUGCCGUGUUUACGUAGGCUCAAUCUACUAUGAGCUUGGAGAAGACACUAUUAGACAGGCCUUUGCUCCGUUCGGGCCCAUCAAGAGCAUCGACAUGUCCUGGGAUUCAGUUACACUGAAGCACAAGGGUUUUGCAUUUGUAGAAUAUGAGGUGCCAGAGGCAGCGCAGCUGGCUUUAGAACAGAUGAACUCAGUCAUGCUGGGGGGAAGGAACAUUAAAGUGGGACGGCCAAGCAACAUUGGUCAGGCUCAACCAAUCAUAGACCAGCUAGCAGAAGAAGCACGAGCUUUCAACCGAAUCUAUGUAGCGUCUGUGCACCCAGACCUGUCAGACGAGGACAUCAAGAGCGUCUUUGAGGCCUUCGGGAGAAUCAAGUCCUGUACGCUGGCACGGGACCCCACGACAGGGAAACACAAGGGCUAUGGCUUCAUAGAAUAUGACAAGGCCCAGUCGGCGCAGGACGCAGUUUCAUCCAUGAACCUCUUUGACCUCGGCGGUCAGUACCUGCGAGUGGGCAAAGCGGUCACGCCUCCCAUCCCCCUCCUGACGCCAACCACACCCGGCGGCCUGCCCCCUGCUGCCGCUGUAGCGGCUGCUGCAGCAACAGCCAAAAUCACUGCCCAGAUGGCAUGGAAUCUUUCCACUCCGGAGAAUCGGACAGAAGAAUUCCUCAACUGUCUGGAAGCGGUGGCGGGAGCAUCCAUCCUGGGGGCGAUGACAGCAGGUUCCGUGACUUUGCCCCAGCAGCUGGGCGCCCUGCCUCAGGCUGUCAUGGCAGCGCAGGCCCCAGGGGUCAUCACAGGAGUGACUCCCGCUCGGCCCAUGUUGCCCCAGGUGGGCCUGGUAAACCCCGUGCUGGCCUCUCCGCCUGUCAUCUCCGCCGCCGUGGCUGCAGCCCAGGAGGCUAAGAAGGAGAAAGAGAAGGAGGAAGAGGAAGCGGCUCAAGACGGUACAGGUCAAGAGAUGCUCAGUGAACAGGAGCACAUGAGCAUCUCAGGCAGCAGCGCCAGACACAUGGUCAUGCAGAAACUGCUAAGGAAGCAAGAGUCGACGGUUAUGGUGCUCAGAAAUAUGGUUGGUCCUGAGGAUAUAGAUGACGACCUGGAGGGCGAGGUAACGGAAGAAUGUGGCAAGUUUGGAGCGGUCAACAGAGUGAUUAUUUACCAAGAGAAGCAGGGUGAAGAGGAGGAUGCUGAGGUCAUUGUUAAAAUCUUUGUGGAGUUUUCAGCGGCAUCUGAGAUGAACAAGGCCAUUCAGGCUCUUAACAAUCGCUGGUUUGGAGGUCGAAAAGUCAUUGCCGAGGUGUAUGAUCAGGAGCGGUUUGACAACAGCGACCUCUCUGCAUAGACUGAUACAUCCCCUCCCUCCGUGACCUUUUCUCUUGCUUCUGUCUCUCUGUCUCACAUUUACAGAUACAGCUGCUGACCACUAUUCCCAGUGGUGCUGGCCUCUUUUUAACUUGUAAUUAUUUUUUAUCAAUGUUGAUAUUAAUAUUAUUAAUGAUCCCUUUUGGGGACAAAGGCAAGCAAACUCUCAUGGAUUUUUUUUUUUCACUGUUGCCUACUGUGAAGGACUUGAUAUCUGGUUAUUUGUUUUUGUAUUGGUUUUGUUCCUUCCCCUCUCAAGUAGUUUUGAUUUGCAACACUUUUUCUUCUGUAAUUUAGUCUCCAAAAGAUUCAUCUUGUUAUAAAGCCCUCAGUUUCAAAUGCCUGGAACAAUAAAUUCUUCAAAUAUGA